AUGGGGAACAUGGAGAUAAUGAUGCAAAGGAUGGCUGCAGUUAUCAUACCUUCAUAUGAUGAGACCGAACAACAACCAAAUCAACAAGAUAAGGUGCAUGAAGAGUUAGUCGAAGACAAAGAAGAAACCACACCGAAGGAUAAUUCCAAGGAAUCGGUUCCUACUUUCACCACUCCACUCCCGUUUCCUAGACGAUUUUCUAAGUCGAAGAAAGAGUUGGAAUACAAGGAUAUUUGGGACAUCCUUAAAAAAUUACAAGUCAAUAUUCCACUCAUUGAAUCUAUUCGACGAAUUCCUCGUUGUGCAAAGUUCUUAAAGGAGUUGUGCAUGAAGAAGAAAAGAUUGAAAGGGAAUGAAGUCAUGAGUAUGGGGGAGAACGCUUUGGAGUUCAUUCUCAAGAAACUCCCACCUAAAUUAAAGGACCCCUGUAGUUUCACCAUACCUUGCACAAUUGGUAAAACAAGGUUUAUUCGAGCUUUGCUAGAUUUAGGAGCAUCGGUUAAUGUUAUGCCUUCCUCGAUUUAUGAUUCUUUAAAUCUCGGUCAUCUUAAAGAUACCGGAGUAGUUAUUGAACUUGCUAACCGAUCUAAUGUUUACCCGAAAGGGAUUGUUGAGAAUAUAUUGGUGCAGGUUAAUGAGUUUGUAUUCCCGGCCGAUUUCUAUGUCUUAGACAUGAAUGAUGAGAACUCUCCGAAGUCUACACCUUUGCUGUUGGGUAGACCAUUCUUAAGCACCGCUAGAACGAAGAUUGAUGUCCAAAAUGAAACCUUGACUAUGGAGUUUGAUGGUGCGGUCAUCCACUUCAAUAUCUUUGAGACAAUGAGAUACCCAAGUGAUGUGAAAUCAUGUUUUCUCGUUAAAGAGAUUGAUGCGGGAUAA